CCUCAUGUCUUGACGACUCCGACUGAGUGAAGUUUGAGGCAUCCGGAAGUUUCCAAUGAUGCAUGAGGUCCAAAUAUCAAAGUUACUGCAAAAUCCGGUUCAGAAAAGGCUGAUGACUUCUUCGCCAUCAACCUGGUCAUCCAAAACGCGCAACCCAUGCUGCGAUUAUUUUGACCCGUUUUUGUCGCUUCCCUUUUCUUUGCUUACUCAAGAAUGUCUAUCUCGAUGCAGCCCUUUCGUAAAGUACCGCGACUACUGCACCCAAGCGAGCCCGUCUACUCCUCGCAGAGGCCAAGAAGACAGCACUGGAUUCCGCCACUGGUGGUCGCAACGCUUGCAAUCAUCGUUUUCCUGGUCCAGUAUGGCUUGACCGUCAGCGAUAUCCCAUCUCAGGUCGCCGUCCAGGGCUACAUUUGCAGUCGCUACUACGGCAAUGCUGACCCGGCGUUAUUGUCGCCGCAAGAAUGCGACGAUGAACGAGUCUUCAACCGGUUAAACACUAUAUCCAUGGUUUCCCUCGCUGUUACCGCUGUUUCUGCCAUCUUGACAGCACUGCUAUACGGUACCUUGUCCGACAGCUGGGGACGGAAGAAGGUCUUUCUCCUUAGUAUCUUCGGCUUGCUCCUUUCUCAGGUAUGGUCCCUGGGGAUCGCGAAGAGCGCCCCUCGGGUUCCCAUAGAGACCAUAUCGUCGGCAGGUUUGGCCGUUCUCAUCGGUGGUGGAAUCAGUAUUUCCGAAGCUAUGGUAUUCACCAUGAUAUCAGACAUUUCGCACGAGAAAUGGCGGACCACCUACUUUCAGAUCGUCAUCUGCAGUGUUCUGAUCGCUGAGAUCGUUGGAUCUGUGACGGCACGAGCCAUGAUGGCCACCACGCCAUGGCCGCCCCUUUAUCUUGGGCUCGGCUUAGUGACAGCCGGCCUCUUUAUGGCAUUUGUUCUUCCCGAGACUCUCCACAUGCAGCACUCGAAUAACAACUCGACUUUGAGACAGUCAUCCCAACCCGUCAAAAAGAACGAUAUGAAGUCCAUGUUACGAGACGUUUUAAGGUCGAGCAAAACGGCCGCUUCCUGCAUGCAAAACCAAAAUAUUGCCCUGCUUGUCCCCGCUGCAGCCUCCACCCUUCCUUUGGCCACCACAGCCCUAACAACACUAACGCUCAUGAUACCGUACCGAUACACGGAGACAUUCCUAGAGUCGACGACCCUCGUUGCCGUCCGAGCUGCAACCACAGUUGCCGUUCUCAUCAUCUGCGUGCCCCUCAUAUCCUACUUCUGGCAGAGAAUAUCACCGUUCAGAAGAGACUACACGCUAGUCAAAUUCUCUUCAUUACCCCUGGUCGUCGGCAUGUUUAUCAUCGCAGCUUCGCCGGCACUGAGCGGCGCCAUCGUUGGAAGCUUCAUAUUCAGCACUGGAUCGCCUGUACCAGGAUUGGCACGCUCGAUGCUGGCACAGAUGGUCGAGAAGGAACAUCUCGGGAGAUUCUUUGGUCUACUGUCUAUCCUGGAGCAGACUGGGUUCCUCGUCGUGGGUUUGUCUAUGGGCGGGCUGUACAGCACCGGCCUGCGGAACGGCGGAGGACCAUGGCUCGGCUUACCCUUUUACGUCGCGGGUGCCUUGUUCGUCAUUGUGGCUAUGUGUCUCUGGAUUGCGCGACCGGAGCCCCUAAAGGAAAAUGGGGACGUAGAAAUGUCGAGCUUGGAAGAAGACCCGGUUAGUCGUCUGUCUGACAGAGCCGUGCGUGAUGGAGGGGAACGCUAUAUAUGCGUAGGCUGAGCAAAAGCUUGACAAGGAGAGGCCGGCGUAUGGUGUGGGUUGGUCAAAGACCAAGCGUGUAUUGUAUUUGAUCUUUGC